AAACCAAGUUAGUUAAUUAGAACAUCCCAGGCCAGAGCUAGCUUGCUCUCAUAUCUCUCUAGCUCCUUCUUCUCUGCUCUAUAAACCAUGUUUCCUAAUUUCUUUACUUGUUGCUCGCUUCUUGAAACUUCAAGGAAGAAGAAGAAGAACAUGGUGAUCACCCACCGGGAUCAGAACCUGGAAAAAGUGAAAUUAGAAGUUGACCCACAGUUGCUCUACUUCCAUGUAAAACCAAUGGGCUCCAGGAAGCAAACAGAAUUGUCUCUACGAUCAGAAAUGGUCAAGCCGAGGACAAAAGGCAGAAUGGCCUCCUCCGGCAGGAACAGAAGUUCCGGGGACCUUGCCGAUUAUCGCGGCACGAGAGACCAGGAAGCAUACAAGACUCACGAUGAAGAUGAAGAAGAGGAGGAGGAGAUGGGAAUGGAGUUCGUAAUUAUGACAGAAGUGUUCAACGCCGUUUCAGCCAUGACAAUUGCAUACGUGAGCCUACAAGAGGCCCACAACCCUUGGGACCCGGAGAAGCUGAGGGCGGCUGACGUGGCGGUGGUGGGGGAGCUGAGAAGGCUGGGAGACUUAAGAGAGAGGUACUUGAGGAGAAGAUGUUACGGCGGAGGUAGUGGUGAUAUGCUGAGGGAGGCGGUGGUGCCGUACGAGGCGGCAAUCGAGGAGCUGAAGAAAGAGGUGAAGGCUAGAGAUAUGGAGGUUGACAAUCUGAAAGAGAAGCUGAAGAGCAUUAUUGGAGAGGCCAAUAGCGGGAAGAAGAGCAGGAAUUCUAUGUCUAGGAGAAAGGUCCAUUGCAUUACUCAAGUUUCAACAGCUCCUGCCCCAGAAUUGUUCGAGGGGGCAAUGAGCGGAGUUAGAGAGGCAUCAGACACCUUCACUAUAGUUCUCCUCUCUCUCAUGCGUGCGGCUCACUGGGAUAUCGCUGCGGUCGUACGCUCCAUUGAAGCCGCCACUGCCACAGCUACGAGGAUCAGCGCUUCCUCUGUAAUCCAAACUCAACGUGCCAACGCCAAGUUCGCUCUUCAGUCCUACAUUUCCCGUAAAGUCUUUCAAGGCUUCGACCACGAGAGCUUCUACAUGGAUAACGGCCUCUCCUCAGUUCUCAGCCCAGACCAGUAUCGCCGGGACUGCUUCGCCGAAUAUUGUGACAUAAAAAGCAUGGACUCCACAGAGCUUCUCAAUAUCCAGCCCUCGUGUAACUUUGGCAAGUUUUGCUCCAACAAGUACUUGGCUAUUGUUCAUCCCAAGAUGGAGGAGUCAUUCUUCGGAGACUUGGAGCAGAGACAACAAGUUGUAGAAGGCAGGAACCCUAGGAGUCAGUUUUACAGACAGUUCUUGGAGUUGGCUAAGGCGAUGUGGUUGCUUCACUUGCUGGCGUUCUCGCUUGACCCUGCACCAAGUCAGUUUGAGGCUCGCAGAGGAGCUGAUUUUCAUCCAGACUACAUGGAGAGUGUUCUCAAGUCUCCAGGACAAGUUCCUUCGGGUCAAGUUGUUGGGUUUCCCUUAAUUCCAGGGUUCAAGCUUGGCAAUGGGUCGAUUAUUAAGGCCAGAGUUUACCUUGUAUCCAAGAAUUAGACGUCUUGAUUAGUUAUCAAGAAAAGGUCCAAGUACUCCUAUUGUUACUACUGUUGUGGUGCUACUCUAAUGUUGAGAACUUGAGAAUGUGUCACGGUGUGCA